AUGGUCUGCUCUAGGGGUUCAGUUGCUGAUUACAUGAGAAUAAAAGAAAUGGCAAUGUUACUUAUCAGGAUCCACUUAUAUACAUAUAAGAUGGGUAACGUGUAUUGUUGUGUCCAAGUUGAGGAACAAAUGGUAGGUUUUACGAAGAGAUUUGCGGAUAUCAGCUCACCGAGAAGCUGUCAUUCCAAUGGCAAGUUUGCUUGUGAAAUGCAGAACAAAAACCAAGUGAUCGGAGCUAUGGUUGCGGUGCAAAACAUGGACGAAGUUUCUGGGCAGAGAGAUGCAAUUGCCCAAGCUAUUAUGAAAGAAAUGGAAAAGCCUGUUGGUCUCAAUGGAUAUGAGAUUCUGCAAGUCCAAAUCUGGGAUGUAAAAUUGGAUGAGGGACUUGAGCGAGCCGUGAUUGAAGCCAAGAAUGCGAUGAGGAAGGUUGAAGGGGAGGCUGAGUACAAGAAACUCUCUGUUGCUCGCCACAGUCAAGCCAUCGUGGAUGUUGCAUGGGACAUCUCGGGCAAAAUAUCAGGGGUGACCGGCAAGGACUACUUCGACCUGGCCCUCAUGUCCCAGUAUAUUGACUCCAUGUCAGAUAGAGGCGGAAAGUCAAAAUCCUCGAUGCUGUUCAUUCCGCAAGGUCCUGGAGCCAUGCGAGAGGUGACCGCGAAGAUACACGAUGGUCUUCUUGAAGCGUCCAUGUCCCAGUGCUAA